AGGUUCGCAGCGCGUGCGCAGUGCGGGUCCCCACCGGAAGUGGCGCGAGGGCCCAGCAGGCAGGCAGCAGGUGGCCCAGGGAACCGGCAACGGGCAAGUGGGGGACGCGCGCGCGCGCGCGGGGCCAUGGAAGAGAGCGCGAAACCAGGUCUGCGCAUCUGCGAGGGGGACUGCGCCGUGCUCAAGCGGGACGAGGUCUUCAAGGCGGUGCUCGUGCUGAGGCGGAGAAAAGUUAUUUUCGAAAAGCAGUGGUUCUAUCUGGAUAAUGCCAUUGGACAUAUUUAUGGAACGACAUUUGAGGUAUCUAGUGGUGGGAGCCUUCAGCCAAAGAAAAAGAUGGAAGAGACUACCACAGAAACAAAAGAAGCAGGUACAGAUAAUCGUAACAUAAUUGACGAUGGAAAGUCUCAAAAACUGACUCAUGAUGACAUAAAGGCUUUGAAGGACAAGGGUAUUAAAGGACAGGAAAUAGUUCAACAAUUAAUAGAGAACAGUACAACGUUUCGAGGCAAAACAGAAUUUGCCCAAGAUAAGUACAUAAAGAAGAAGAAGAAAAAAUAUGAGGCAGUUAUUACAAUUGUAAAGCCAUCUACCCGCAUUCUUUCGACAAUGUACUAUGCAAGGGAACCUGGGAAAAUCAACCAUUUGCGAUAUGAUACUCUAGCUCAAAUGUUGACUUUGGGAAAUAUCCGAGCUGGCAACAAAAUGAUUGUGAUGGAAACUUGUGCGGGCUUGGUUCUGGGUGCCAUAAUGGAGCGAAUGGGAGGUUAUGGAUCCGUUAUUCAAAUGUAUCCAGGAGGGGGACCUGUUAGAGCAGCCACAAGUUGUUUUGGAUUUCCAGAAUCUUUUUUCAACACUCUUUAUGAAUUCCCUCUCAGCAAAGUGGACAGUCUUGUCUCUGGAACAUUUUCUUCUGAGACUUUGCCUUCAGAACCUGAAUAUAAUGUUCCAGUAGAAGAAGAAAGCAAUGGGUCACUCGAUGAGAAGCAGACUUUGAUACAGGAAACAGAAGAGGAAUCCAGUACUGAAGCAGUUAUGGAGAGCAAUGAAACAGAAGAGCAAGAAACAAUGGACCUUGCUGCUGAAGAUACAGAAUAUAAAGAGAGCAAAGAAAAGGGAAAUAAAGAAAAUAUUCGGGAAAAACAAAGAAAACAACAAGAAAGGAGGAGAAAACUGGUGGAAACUGCUGCUUUGUUGGAAGAGAAAAAUGCUGAUGGUUUAAUUGUAGCCAGCAGAUUCCAUCCAACUCCUUUGUUACUGUCUUUAUUGGAAUUUGUUGCUCCAUCCAGACCUUUUGUUGUCUAUUGCCAAUAUAAAGAGCCAUUAUUAGAAUGUUACACAAAGCUGAGAGAAAAAGGUGGCGUUAUUAACCUCAAACUCUCUGAAACCUGGCUACGAAAUUAUCAGGUCUUGCCAGAUCGCAGCCAUCCAAAACUGAUGAUGAGUGGAGGUGGGGGAUACCUUCUAUCAGGUAUCACUGUCACCGUGGAGAAGGUCCAAUCUGAUGCCAGCAGUUUAGAAGCACAGAAAAUUGAAGAGCCAACGUCUAAAAAGCGCAAACUUCAAGAGCUUCAUUGUUAACAUCUGAAGAAUUGAUGUACUUUUAGUUCUCAGGAGUCUUACAAUUAGUAAUGUAACUAAUGUACUUUCCGUGCUCUUGACAACAAAGAAAAAUGUACCUGUUACACAUCUGCCAACAGAAGCAGAGUUGUACUGUAGAGAAAAUUUUGUCCAUUCUCUCUGGUAACAACAUGACAGGAAGGAGGAGAGAAAUUUUAGAGGCAACUUUGUGUCAGAAUAUCUUUGUUGACAUAAUCAAGCAACAGACACGUUAACAAUUCAGUAGCUUCAGAAACACUUUCUGAUGAUCACAUUGAGAGAAACUAUUGGGUGAGAUUCAUGGAUUAAUGAAACCAUUUUAUUUGGUUGUUGCAGACAUGACUAAGACUCUGAAGUCCUUUACAAAGGUAGGGUUUGAAUUAACAUACCUAAUUUAGCUUCUUGUUUUACAGCUACAGCAGAUUAAAAUAUUUUGUACAGCAAUCUGCUUCCCUUCUCAAAUGCAGAACCCUGCCAUUUUAAGUGAUUUUUUUUAACUAAUCCGAAAGAAUGCAGCAAAAUCAUGCACUUUUAUUUGUAAUGGGAAAAUGAAAAGAAAGAGAAGGAUAUUGAAACCAAAUCAUCACGUCUUGGCCUCUUGUUCCUGAAAGGAAGAAAUGCAAAACAUCAGGUGUAUGUUUGUAAAUUAAAAUACCAGAUGUUUAAAAUGUUUCUAUUAGUAUUGCAUAUUUUCUUUUUUUGAAAGCUGGAUUUGUAUUGGUUUUUAUUCUUUUUAAUGUGACAAAUUUGAAAUUUUCCUUAUUUAUUUUACUGUUUUGUCUCUAUUAUGUGUCUAGAAUUUUUGUUAAUUUGCAAAACACUUCACAUUUGCCAUUUCAAUUAAACUCUCAAGAAUUUUCUUCUAAAAAGAGACACAUUUUGUUUUAUUUUCUUCUUUUGGGGAGAAAAAGCUUUUGGGUGGGGGCAGGGGAGGUUGAUACAAAACCACCCAAAUCCUGUAUCAGGAUCCAGUAGCGUGAACUGCUCGACCCAUGUGUCUCCUACUGGAAUCAGCAGGCUUCUGCUUGAUUCCAGGGCUCCAGAUCCUAAUGGAGAAUCAGCGCUCAGGGAUGGAAGCUACAGUAUAUUUCAGGUGUGUAUUUUAAUAAAAUAUUUAGAUUACAUUAAAAUGUAAAGUGUUGCUCACCAUUAGACAAGGUUAACACUUUUUGGCAAAGUACUAGCUAAUAAUCUAAUCAAAAUACAAAUGUGUGCAUUUUAAAGAAGUUUAUGUAUAUAUUAACCAUAAGUAAAAUAAUUACAGUAGCUUGAGGGUUUUUUGCCUCCAGGUCCCUUUGCUAAUUUGUACCUUCUCAAUCCUAUUUUAUGAAAAUUCUCUCCCUUGUUACUGAAAGACCCAUACAAACUGGAAGAAACUGACUAUAUAGGGGAAAUGGCAAAAUUGACUGCAGAAAGUGCUGGCAUGUACACAAAGUGAACUGAAAAAGAGAAUGGUUUCCUCUAAUCUUUCAGUAAUUCUAAGGGUUACAAAUAGAAAGUAAGCAGUAAAAAAAAUUCC